UCCCCUCUCCCCCUCCGCCCCGGCUGGAGGGGCGGCCACGGAGCGACCUCCUUUCCCUUCCCUUCGGAUAAAAGGAGUAUUUCGGAAAUCGGCAAAGAUGAAUAUGGUGAAAAGGAUUAUGGGUCGGCCUCGGCAGGAGGAAUGCAGCCCUCAGGAUAAUGCUUUAGGUUUGAUGCACUUGCGUCGACUUUUCACAGAACUGUGUCAUCCUCCUCGUCACAUGACUCAGAAAGAACAGGAAGAGAAGCUUUACAUGAUGCUGCCAGUCUUUAACAGGGUAUUUGGAAAUGCUCCUCCAAGUACGAUGAUAGAAAAGUUUUCAGAUCUCCUUCAGUUUACAACACAAGUGUCAAGAUUAAUGGUGACUGAAAUUCGACGGAGGGCCUCUAACAAGUCUACAGAGGCUGCAAGCCGUGCCAUAGUUCAAUUUCUGGAGAUCAAUCAGAGCGAAGAAGCCAGUAGAGGAUGGAUGUUGCUUACUACAAUUAAUUUGCUAGCUUCAUCUGGACAGAAAACAGUGGAUUGCAUGACUACUAUGUCGGUGCCUUCCACCCUUGUGAAAUGUCUCUAUCUGUUUUUUGACCUUCCACAUGUGCCUGAGGCAGCUGGAGGAGCCCAAAAUGAACUGCCUCUAGCUGAGCGCAGAGCACUACUGCAGAAAGUGUUUGUUCAGAUCUUAGUGAAACUGUGCAGCUUUGUGUCCCCGGCGGAAGAGCUUGCUCAGAAGGAUGAUCUCCAGCUUCUAUUCAGUGCAAUAACCUCAUGGUGCCCUCCCUAUAACCUGCCUUGGAGGAAAAGUGCAGGGGAAGUACUCAUGACCAUAUCACGUCACGGCCUUAGUGUCAAUGUAGUGAAAUACAUUCACGAAAAAGAAUGCCUGUCAACAUGUGUCCAGAACAUGCAGCAAUCGGAUGACCUUUCUCCCUUAGAAAUAGUUGAGAUGUUUGCAGGCCUUUCUUGCUUCCUCAAAGAUUCCAGCGACGUUUCUCAAACACUGUUAGAUGAUUUUAGGAUAUGGCAAGGCUAUAACUUCCUCUUUGAUCUCUUACUCAGGUUAGAACAAGCAAAAGAAGCCGAAUCCAAGGAUGCUUUGAAAGAUCUGGUUAAUCUGAUAACCUCAUUAACAACAUACGGAGUCAAUGAAUUAAAACCCGCCGGUGUUACGACAGGGGCACCUUUUCUGUUGCCUGGAUUUGCAGUUCCACAGCCUGCAGGCAAAGGCCACAAUGUGAGAAAUAUCCAAGCAUUCUCUGUCCUACAAAAUGCUUUUCUGAAGGCAAAAACUAGCUACCUUGCACAAAUUAUCCUUGAUGCCAUCUUAAAUAUAUACAUUGCGGACAAUGCCAACUACUUCAUCCUGGAAUCCCAACACACUUUGUCCCAGUUUGCCGAGAAAAUUGCUAAGCUUCCAGAAGUACAGGCCAAAUACUUUGAGAUGCUUGAAUUUGUUGUCUUUAGCUUGAAUUACAUACCUUGCAAAGAACUUAUUAGUGUCAGCAUCCUCUUAAAAUCCAGCGCCUCUUACCCAUGUAGCAUCAUUGCAAUGAAGACAUUGCUGAAAUUCACACGCCACGACUACAUCUUUAAGGACGUCUUCAGGGAGGUGGGACUCCUGGAGGUCAUGGUGAACCUCCUACAUAAGUAUGCAGCUCUUUUGAAAGAUCCUACACAGGCACUGAAUGAUCAAGGGGACUCAAGGAACAACAGUUCAUUUGAAGACCAAAAGCAGCUGGCUUUGCUGGUUAUGGAAACCUUGACAGUACUGCUCCAAGGUUCGAACACCAAUGCAGGUAUCUUCAGGGAGUUUGGCGGAGCCAGGUGUGUGCACAACAUAGUAAAAUAUCCACAAUGCAGGCAACACGCGCUGAUGAUAAUCCAGCAGCUGGUGCUGUCACCAAGUGGUGAUGAUGACAUGGGUACCCUUUUGGGAUUGAUGCACUCUGCUCCACCUACAGAAUUACAGUUGAAGACUGACAUAUUAAGGGCCCUGCUGUCUGUGCUAAAAGAGAGCCAUCGCACAAGAACAGUUUUCAGGAAAGUUGGUGGGUUUGUGUACGUCACAUCGUUACUUGUUGCCAUGGAAAGGUCCUUGUGUUCUCCACCCAAGAACGGCUGGGAGAAAGUGAACCAGAACCAAGUGUUUGAACUUCUCCACACUGUUCUCUGCACCUUGACUGCGGCAAUGCGCUACGAGCCGGCCAACUCGCACUUCUUCAGAACAGAGAUCCAAUAUGAAAAGUUGGCAGAUGCAGUGAGGUUGCUUGGCUGCUUCUCAGACUCCAGGAAGAUAAGCCCCUUGAACAUCUUCCCCUCCAACAUCCAGCCAUUUCAAAGACUGCUAGAAGAUGAUCUGAUCUCUGUGGAUUCUGUGUCACCCACUUUAAGGCACUGCAGUAAACUCUUUAUUUACCUCUACAAAGUAACAACAGACUCUUUUGACAGUCGUGCUGAACAGAUCCCUCCUUGCCUGACAAAUGAGACUUCUCUCCCCUCUCCUUGGGGCACACCAGCUUUGUCCAGGAAAAGACAUGCAUAUCACUGUUCGUCAACACCUCCAGUAUUCCCUCCCAAAAACUCUGGAGAUUUGAAGCUGCACAAAGGAACUGUGCCUCUGCAGAGCUUGGAUGCAGUCAUUAUUCAUCCUGGAGCCAUGCUUUCCAUGUUAGACCUCCUAGUCUCUGUUGGGUCAACUACUCAGCCGGAACAUGCCCUAGAUCUUCAGCUUGCAGUGGCCAACAUUUUGCAGUCUCUAGUGCACACAGAAAGAAAUCAACAAGUCAUGUGUGAAGCUGGACUCCACGCUCGACUUCUCCAGAGAUGCAGCGCUGCUCUUGCUGAUGAAGACCAUUCCUUGCAUCCACCACUCCAGAGGAUGUUUGAAAGGCUGGCCUCUCAAGCCCUGGAACCAGUGGUGCUGAGGGAAUUUUUACGUUUGGGAAAUCCUCUGAAUUGUGGCGCCUGGGACAAAAAGCUGUUGAAACGAUACAGAGUGCAUAAGCCAAGCUCAUUAAGUUAUGAGCCAGAGAUGAGAAAUAGCAUGGUUACAUCAAUGGAAGGUCUGGGUACUGACUGUGUGUUCAGCUUACAUGAAGAUAAUCACUAUCGAAUAAGUAAAAGCCUUUUAAAACCAGCAGAAGCAAGCACAGUACCCCUGACAAGAGUGAAAUGUUUGGUCUCCAUGACAACUCCACAUGAUAUUAGGCUUCAUGGAUCAUCAGUUACGCCUGCAUUUAUUGAAUUUGACACAUCUCUUGAAGGGUUUGGCUGUCUCUUCUUGCCAAGCUUGGCACCUCACAAUGCACCGACCAACAACGUUGUUACAACAGGUCUUAUUGAUGGCACUGUGGUCAGUGGAAUUGGGACUGGAGAGAGGCUUUUCCCACCACCAUCUGGUUUGAGCUACUCAAGCUGGUUUUGCAUAGAACAUUUUAGUACAUCCCCAAAUCAUCAUCCAGUCAGACUUCUUACUGUUGUAAGACGAGCGAACAGCUCAGAGCAACACUACAUAUGCCUUGCUAUAGUUCUCUCUGCAAAAGACCGGUCACUGAUUGUAUCAACUAAAGAGGAGCUACUUCAGAACUACGUUGAUGAUUUCAGUGAAGAAUCCUCUUGCUAUGAAAUUCUCCCUUGCUGUGCUCGGUUUCGUUGCGGAGAACACAUUAUUGAAGGCCAGUGGCAUCAUAUGGUUCUGGUAAUGAGCAAAGGCAUGUUGAAAAACAGCACUGCUGCACUCUAUAUUGACGGGCAGCUUAUUAACACAGUCAAGCUUCACUAUAUUCACAGUAGCCCCGGAGGUUCAAGUUGUGCCAAUCCACCAGUGGUUAGCACAGUUUAUGCCUAUAUAGGCACACCACCUGCUCAGCGCCAGUUGUCCUCUCUGGUGUGGCGUUUGGGGCCAACUCAUUUCGUAGAAGAAGUGCUGCCUUCUUCAAGCAUUAGCGCAAUUUAUGAAUUGGGACCAAACUAUGUUGGAAGUUUUCAAGCAGUAUACGUACCAUGUAAAGAUUCCAAGCCCGAAGGAGUCAGUCCCUGUCCAGUAGCUUUGGUACCAGAGGAAAAAGUCUCUUUCGGUCUCUAUGCACUCUCCGUUUCCUCACUGACUGUGGCGAGGAUUAGAAAAGUUUAUAACAAAUUGGACAGCAAGGCCAUUGCAAAGCAGUUGGCUGUUUCAUCUCAUGAGAAUGCCACUCCAGUGAAGCUACUGCAUAAUUCAGGAGGACACCUGAAUGGAUCUGCACGUACCAUCGGCGCAGCUCUGAUAGGAUACUUGGGAGUAAGAACAUUUGUCCCUAAGCCUGUUGCCACUACAUUACAGUACAUAGGUGGAGCAGCUGCCAUUCUGGGUCUAGUAGCCAUGGCCUCGGAUGUAGAGGGACUGUAUGCUGCUGUGAAGGCCCUUGUAUGUGUGGUAAAGAGCAACCCUCUGGCUAGCAAAGAAAUGGAAAGAAUCAAAGGUUAUCAGUUACUGGCAAUGCUGUUAAAGAAGAAACGCUCUCUUCUGAAUAGCCACAUUCUUCAUUUGACCUUUUCUUUGGUGGGGACUGUUGACAGUGGACAUGAAACAUCAAUUAUUCCAAAUUCAACUGCCUUCCAGGACCUGCUUUGUGACUUCGAGGUUUGGCUUCAUGCACCUUAUGAACUUCAUCUUUCAUUAUUUGAACAUUUCAUUGAACUUCUGACUGAAUCCAGUGAAGCCGCAAAGAAUGCUAAAUUGAUGAGAGAGUUCCAACUCAUCCCAAAACUGCUGCUAACUCUUCGAGAUAUGUCUUUGUCUCAGCCAACUAUUGCUGCCAUUAGCAAUGUACUGAGUUAUUUGCUUCAAGGGUUCCCAAGCAGCAAUGAUCUACUCAGGUUUGGACAGUUCAUCUCCUCUACUCUGCCUACAUUUGCAGUCUGUGAGAAAUUUGUAGUCAUGGAGAUGAACAGUGAAGAAAAGCUUGACACUGGAACAGAGGAGGACUUUGGAGGUCUUGUUAGUGCAAAUCUUAUUCUUCUGAGGAACAGACUGCUGGAUAUCUUGCUUAAACUUGUGUACACAUCUAAAGAAAAAACAAGUGUCAACCUGCAGGCUUGUGAAGAACUGGUCCGAACCCUUGGAUUUGACUGGGUUAUGCUGUUUAUGGAAGAGCAUCUACACCCCACCACAGUGACUGCAGCCAUGAGAAUCCUGGUGGUCUUGCUGAGCAAUCCAGCUAUUCUCAUCAAGUUCAAGGAAGGUCUUAGUGGUGGAGGAUGGCUUGACCAGACAGAUUCUGUCUUGACAAACAAGAUUGGAACGGUGCUUGGCUUUAACGUGGGCAGGAGCGCAGGCGGCAGAUCGACUGUCAGGGAAAUUAACCGGGACGCUUGUCAUUUUCCAGGCUUUCCGGUUCUUCAGUCCUUUCUGCCUAAGCACACUAAUGUACCGGCACUCUAUUUCCUUCUCAUGGCACUUUUCCUGCAGCAGCCAGUCACUGAACUGCCUGAAAACCUGCAGGUCAGUGCACCUGUCAUCACCAGCCGAUGUAAUCAGGGUUGCCAGUUUGACUUGGAUUCAAUUUGGACAUUUAUAUUUGGUGUUCCUGCUUCAAGUGGCACAGUGGUCUCUUCAAUUCACAAUGUUUGCACAGAAUCUGCAUUCUUAUUACUGGGAAUGCUCCGGAGUAUGUUGAAUUCACCUUGGCAGUCGGAAGAAGAGGGUUCUUGGCUUCGUGAAUAUCCAGUCACUUUGAUGCAGUUCUUUCGCUACUUAUAUCACAAUGUUCCUGAUCUGGCUUCAAUGUGGAUGAGCCCAGAGUUCCUUUGCGCAUUGGCAGCCACUGUGUUCCCUUUCAAUAUCCGGCCAUACUCAGAAAUGGUUACUGAUUUGGAUGACGAAGUUGGAUCCCCAGCUGAAGAAUUUAAAGCAUUUGCCUCCGAUACAGGGAUGAACCGGAGUCAAUCAGAAUAUUGCAAUGUAGGGUCCAAGACCUACUUGACAAACCAUCCUGCUAAGAAGUUUGUGUUUGACUUCAUGCGUGUGCUGAUAAUUGAUAACCUCUGCCUUACACCUGCAAGCAAGCAGACUCCACUAAUAGACCUUCUUCUGGAGGCCUCUCCUGAGAGAUCAACAAGGGCACAGCAGAAAGAAUUUCAGACCUAUAUUUUGGACAGUGUAAUGGACCACUUGCUUGCUGCUGAUGUUUUACUGGGUGAGGAUGCAUCUCUACCUAUUACAAGUGGAGGAAGCUACCAAGUCCUUGUCAACAAUGUGUUCUAUUUCACACAGCGAGUAGUGGAUAAGCUUUGGCAAGGCAUGUUUAAUAAGGAAUCCAAGCUGCUUAUAGAUUUCAUAAUCCAGUUAAUUGCACAGUCAAAAAGGAGGUCUCAGGGAUUAUCGCUUGAUGCCAUUUAUCACUGCCUGAAUAGAACCAUCUUAUACCAGUUCUCGAGGCCGCACAAAACUGUUCCCCAGCAAGUUGCUCUCCUUGACUCGCUAAGGAUGCUCACUGUUAAUCGAAACUUGAUCCUGGGACCUGGAAAUCAUGACCAAGAGUUCGUCAGCUGCUUGGCUCAUUGCUUGAUUAACUUGCACGCAGGCAGCAGCGUAGAUGGCUUUGGCCUGGAAGCGGAAGCCAGGAUGACUACUUGGCACAUCAUGAUCCCUUCUGACAUAGAGCCAGAUGGAGUCUACAGUCAAGAUGUUAGCGAAGGUCGCCAGCUUCUCCUAAAGGCUGUGAAUCGUGUGUGGACAGAACUAAUUUACAGCAAGAAGCAGGUUUUGGAGGAGGCAUUCAAAGUAUCCCUCCCUGUCAAUGACAGAGGACAUGUGGAUAUUACGCUGGUGAAGCCCCUUGUUGAAGAAGCCAGUUUAAAGUGUUGGCAGAAUCAUUUGGCUCAUGAAAAGAAAUGCAUCAGUAGAGGAGAAGCAUUGGUUCCAACAACACAGUCCAAACUUUCACGAGUCAGCAGUGGUUUUGGUCUUUCCAAGCUAACUGGAUCAAGAAGAAACCGAAAAGAAAGUGGGCUUAAUAAACAUAAUCUGUCCACACAGGAAAUCUCUCAGUGGAUGUUUACGCACAUUGCAGUAGUUCGAGACUUGGUGGACAUGCAGUAUAAAGAAUAUCAAGAGCGUCAACAAAACGCAUUGAAGUAUGUGACAGAGGAGUGGUCUCAAAUUGAAUACGAGUUAUUACGGGAAAGAGGAUUGUGGGGUCCCCCCAUUGGCUCUCAUCUAGACAAAUGGAUGCUGGAGAUGACAGAAGGGCCCUGCCGGAUGAGGAAGAAGAUGGUGCGAAAUGACAUGUUUUAUUUUCAGUAUCCUUACAUUCCAGAUACUGAACAUGAGACAAAUAUACUGUCUGACGUCUCAAGUAAACCUCCUGAGACACCUGAUGAUACCAUUCCUCAAAAGAAACCAGCUCGCUACCGAAGAGCUAUAAGCUACGAUAGCAAAGAAUACUACAUGCGUUUAGCUUCUGGAAACCCUGCUGUUUUCCAAGAUACUAUUGAAGAAAGCUCUGAAGGAGAAGCUGCUCAGCAGGAGCCAGAACAUGGUGAAGACACAAUUGCAAGAGUUAAAGGUCUUGUUAAACCUCCCCUGAAGAGAUCUCGUUCUGCACCUGAUGGUGGGGAUGAGGAGAAUCAGGAGCAGCUGCAAGAUCAGAUUGCUGAGAGUAGCUCCAUAGAUGAAGAGGAGAAAACUGAUAACACAACUUUGCUUCGACUGCUUGAAGAAGGCGAGAAGAUUCAACACAUGUACCGCUGUGCUCGAGUUCAAGGCUUAGACACCAGCGAAGGGCUCCUUCUCUUUGGUAAAGAGCACUUUUAUGUGAUUGAUGGAUUUACAAUGACUGCCACCAGGGAAAUACGGGACAUUGAGACCUUACCUCCAAAUAUGCACGAGCCAAUUAUACCUAGGGGAGCACGACAAGGUCCAAGUCAGCUUAAAAGAACAUGCAGUAUUUUUGCGUAUGAAGAUAUCAAAGAGGUGCACAAAAGAAGAUACCUGUUACAGCCAAUUGCUGUCGAAGUGUUCUCAGGAGAUGGACGCAACUACCUUCUUGCUUUUCAGAAAGGAGUUAGAAAUAAAGUCUACCAGAGGUUUUUGGCUGUAGUUCCAUCUUUAACUGACAGCUCAGAAUCUGUGUCUGGACAGCGACCCAACACCAGCGUAGAACAAGGGUCUGGCUUGCUGAGCACCCUAGUAGGAGAAAAAUCUGUCACACAAAGGUGGGAGAGAGGCGAAAUCAGUAAUUUCCAAUACCUGAUGCAUUUAAACACUUUGGCUGGCCGAUCUUAUAAUGACCUCAUGCAGUAUCCUGUUUUCCCGUGGAUUCUUUCAGACUACGACUCAGAGGAGCUGGACCUUACCAACCCCAAGACAUUCAGAAACCUUGCUAAGCCAAUGGGGGCACAGACCGAUGAAAGGUUAGCUCAGUAUAAGAAGCGCUACAAAGACUGGGAAGAUCCUAAUGGUGAAACCCCAGCAUAUCAUUAUGGCACACACUAUUCGUCUGCAAUGAUAGUAGCUUCAUAUCUUGUGCGAAUGGAGCCCUUCACACAGAUAUUUUUAAGGCUGCAGGGCGGCCACUUUGACCUGGCUGAUAGAAUGUUUCACAGCGUGCGUGAAGCCUGGUACUCAGCAUCAAAGCACAACAUGGCGGAUGUCAAGGAGCUCAUCCCAGAAUUCUUCUACCUCCCAGAGUUAUUGCUCAACUCCAACAACUUUGAUUUAGGUUGCAAGCAGAACGGCACAAAACUUGGGGAUGUAAUACUUCCCCCAUGGGCUAAAGGGGAUCCCCGUGAAUUUAUCAGAGUUCAUCGGGAGGCUUUGGAAUGUGAUUUUGUGAGUGCACACCUACACGAGUGGAUUGAUUUAAUCUUUGGCUAUAAACAGCAAGGACCUGCUGCAGUAGAAGCUGUGAAUGUCUUCCAUCACCUUUUCUAUGAGGGGCAAGUGGACAUAUACAACAUAAAUGAUCCAUUAAAAGAAACAGCUACCAUUGGAUUCAUUAAUAACUUUGGGCAGAUACCUAAGCAGUUGUUUAAGAAACCUCAUCCACCAAAGCGAGUGAGAAGCCGAAUGAAUGGGGAUUUAACUGGGAUUUCUGUCCCACCCGGUGCUGCAAGCGACAAGAUCUUCUUCCAUCACUUAGACAACCUCAGGCCUUCCCUUGCACCAGUAAAAGAGCUUAAGGAGCCCGUAGGGCAAAUAGUAUGCACUGACAAAGGAAUUCUGGCAGUAGAACAGAAUAAAGUGCUCAUCCCACCAGCCUGGAAUAAAACAUUCGCUUGGGGUUACGCAGAUCUCAGCUGCAGGCUAGGAGCCUAUGAAUCAGACAAGGCAGUGAUUGUUUAUGAAUGCCUAUCAGAAUGGGGACAGGUUCUCUGUGCAAUCUGCCCAAAUCCCAAACUGGUCAUCACUGGAGGAACCAGCACAGUUGUUUGUGUAUGGGAAAUGGGCAACUCCAAGGAAAAAGCCAAAGCACUCACUCUUAAGCAGGCUCUGCUCGGCCAUACAGAGACAGUCACAUGUUUAACAGCCUCACUAGCCUACCACAUCAUUGUGAGUGGAUCCCGUGACCGUACCUGCAUCAUCUGGGAUUUGAAUAAACUCUCCUUCCUAACCCAGCUUCGAGGUCACCGGGCCCCCGUUUCAGCACUCUGCAUUAACGAACUAACGGGUGAUAUUGUAUCCUGUGCUGGCACUUACAUCCAUGUAUGGAGCAUUAAUGGGAAUCCCAUAGUGAGCGUGAACACUUUCACUGGACGCAGCCAGCAGAUCCUGUGUUGCUGCAUGUCCGAAAUGAAUGAAUGGGAUACUCAGAAUGUUAUUGUGACCGGGCAUUCGGAUGGGGUAGUCCGAUUCUGGCGAAUGGAGUUUCUGCAGGUCCCAGAAACGCCUGCACCAGAACCAGCGGAGGUGCUCGAGAUACAGGAAGAGUGUCCAGAGACACAAAUAGCAGGGCAGGAAGCCCCGGAUGAGGAGAGCAGUGACUCGGAAGCAGAAGAGCAGGGCCUCAGCCAGGACCCCAAGCUGCAGGAGGCCCCGAACCAGCAAGGGGGCACCAGCCACAGGCCUCGGUCGGCCUCAAGCCGAGCUACAGCUGCAUGGUCGGCCGACAGCAGCUCUGAUGACUCGAGGCGUUGGUCUGACCAGCUCAGCUUGGACGAGAAGGAGGGUUUCAUCUUUGUGAACUACUCUGAUGGGCAGGCAAAGGGAUACCCCCACCCUCAGGCUAACCACCCACAUCCCAACCAGGGGGAAUUACGGCAUUACAGCAAGCUCAAGCCAGGCUACAGGUGGGAGCGUCAGCUAGUAUUUAGGAGCAAGCUAACUAUGCACACCGCCUUUGAUCGCAAGGACAACGCACAUCCGGCCGAGAUCACAGCAUUAGGCAUUUCCAAAGACCACAGCAGGAUUCUUGUAGGCGACAGCAGAGGCAGAGUGUUCAGCUGGUCGGUGAGUGACCAACCCGGUCGUUCUGCAGCAGACCACUGGGUGAAAGACGAGGGAGGAGACAGUUGUUCCAGCUGCUCUGUCCGGUUCUCUCUCACUGAAAGACGUCACCACUGCAGGAACUGUGGGCAGCUCUUUUGUCAGAAGUGCAGUCGCUUUCAGUCUGAAAUCAAGCGUUUGAAAAUCUCUUCCCCGGUGCGGGUUUGCCAGAACUGUUACUACAACCUGCAGCACGAGCGAGGCCCCGAAGAGGGAUCCUGGAAUUAGCAGGGCAGAACUGCACAGUGCACUUGCUGGGACCCUGAGAACUCAGUGACUUCAUGACAGGAAUGAGUAGCACAUUCGGAAGGGAAUUGCCGCGCUAGCCCUUCACGCACUUCAUCGUUGGACUGUGCACUGAAGCACUGCAGGAGAAAGGGAUCAUUGAUUUCAAAUGUACAUUGGCAAGACAUGGGAAUGAAGAGAUUCACACUGUCCAUGAGUGUCAGCCAGGAGGCAAGAGGGCCACGGCAUCUGCAGUUGAAUCACCGAGGCCCACCUGGUCCCGGUCAGCAUGGCUCCAAGGAACACCCACCCAUCCUUUCAAACAUCUCUUCUUCUGUCUUGGUUUUGUAGAGCUAGUCACCUUAUUUGUGUUGCGGGAAGGAGGCAGCUUUUUAGAAAAUAGUUGUAAAUCUGCCUUCUUUGCAAGCAAACUGUGGAUAUUGUAAAUAGAUAUAAUGGCCUUUUUAUCUAAAUAUGAACUUAACUGCCUGUUACAUGGGACUUCAGAUCAACCACUAUACUUUCUGGCUCUUUAGCUCAUCUAUCUACUUAAAUAUGAUUUUUUUUAUAAAAAGAAAAAGCAUCAAGAGGCAUUACUGGUAUUUUCAGUUGGAUUUUCCUUUCUUUUCACUACAGGCUGCAUGUUUGUCUUUUCAGUUACUUGUGUUAUCUUAAUUUAAACCAGGCUUUUCUGAGAGAAAAGGGAAAUAAAAAUAACAAAAACCAACCUGUUUUCUGGCUGCAGGGUUGCGGGGGAUAGGACUUGGAAUAUUUUAUUCUAAACUGUAAGAUAACAAGGACCCUCUUCGGUUGCAUUACUUUUUAUACUGAAGCUCUUUAGCAACUCUGUCUUGGUAUUUAAAUAAGGUCUCUUUUUCUACACUGUGGACUUGCUCUUGGACUCAUUCUUUACAACUGUAGCAAUCAGCUGACCCAGAUAUUGCAAAAGGCCAGCUGUGACUUCAGAUAGUAGUAAAUGGCUUGCAUGAGAACCCCCCCCCCCCCUCACACACACACACACUGCAGAAGAAAAUGAAAUAGUUGCAACACGCCGUAUUUUCUCGGUUAGGUAUUGGCUGCAGAAGUGGCUUGCAGUCUUUGCUCUAACUACAACUGGGUAAUGCUGAUUCUAGGCAUAAUUAACAUUUCUGUUGCAGCUCUCCCACCCCCUGGAAAUGAAUGGGAAUAAUGCAAGAUCCAGUGGCCCAUUUUCCAUGUACUUCAAUGAGGUUUGUUUCUUCUCCGCAGCCUAUGCGAAAUGCAUUACACCAUUAACUUCGGGGACAUUAACUUUCUUUGGAGAAGUUCCAUCUGGCAGGUUGGCAUUUCAGAUCUAUAGUCUGUGCUUUAUUUAAAAGUUACUCUUUUUUCAGUGCACGAUAUGCCCCUGCUCAUAGAGUUGGAAACUCUGUGGGCAUGAGGUUUUCAAAAGUGGCAGUUUAUUAUUUUUUUCAGCACAAGGUAUAGAUUCUGUCAAUAGGUAAUGAGAUGCAUUUGUCUUGAAAGUUGUUAAUCAUGGUCACAGGAGACCUACUGUGGGCAGAGAGGGGUCAAAAACGAUCACCACCGAAACCACAGCCCACUGGAAAGUGAAAAUGAAGAGAAGUGAUACUGGGAGGUAAAGCAGAGGAAAACUGGUUUUGUACCACUUUGGAGGGAGCCUUUACAUUGAUCGGAGAUGCUUGCACAGGGAACAGGGGAGCCCUCCACCCCCACAGCUUCUGACAAUGGUGUGAUUCUUCUUUAGGAGUUAAUUACAGCUCAUUGGCAAUUUAGUCUACUUAAUCAUCCUUGGUAAGAAAUUUAUACACUGAGUAGAAGGUUGACAAUGUAUUUUGAAAACAUCUUUCUAACAGCUGUGACAGGACAAAUUCAAUCUCUUGUCAAAAUUCAUUGAGUUUGAAAUUCUCUGCAAGCUCCCUCAACCCACAGCAUUUCCAUUUCUUCAACAGAUACUCUGCCUAGUUUAACUUGGGAAUCUGUCUCUUUAACUUGAAGGGGAAAAAUAAUUUUUUAUUCCAAAUGAAACUCUAAGCACUGGAGGGCACUAACAUGAACAAUGCAACUAAUGCUGGGUCAUUAGAAAAUGGCAGGAUGUGUGGAUGUUUACUGUGUUCUCUUUUGUAAAAAAAAAAAAGUAUGUGUGUGAACUUCA